AUUUAUUUAUUUUAAAUAUUCAAAAUGUUCAAUAAUAAUGGGCUAGGGGUAGGGCUAGACAUCCAAGCCUUGUAUAGUCUCAAAAGGGAAUUUUACAAAAAUGCGUUCUUAGAUGAAAAUCCUCACAUCAGGAUGCUCAAUAAAAUAACAUUUGUUCCUAACCCCCUAAUCUCAACAAAAUAUCAAAAUACAUUCAACAUGAAUAAUCAACUAAAUAAAAAUAAUAUUCUAAAACGUCCCAAAGUUUAUUAUCAAUGUGAUCUAAGAUCACAAUGAUCCAACCGUCCGAUCAAAGUGUCCUCAAGAUCCAACCGUCCGAUCAAUGUGUCCUCGCAAUCCAAUAGUGCGAACUCCUAAAUAAGCAACCCACACACAUCUUCCUAGUAUAGGGUCUUCGAAAAUUCACAAUCAUGCAUGUGGGGUCUUCAACGUGGCCCACCUGGGCCCAUGUAGUGGGCACUAAGCCUUUCUGGUGGAGGAUUGCCUUUUCUGGCAUGGAGAUGAGAGGACUUGGAUCCCUCCUUUGAGGAGGGAUUCUUAGAUAGAAUCCUUAAAUUCCCUCAUUUCUCUUUUGCUGGAUAUCAAGAUUGAUAAGGAAUCACAAGACUCCAUGUGUUGGAGGAAGGCAGCCUCAGGAGCAUUUUCAGUUCGCUCUCUUUAUGCCAACCUCGUGAAGGAGGGAGAUCGCACUACUUCUGCCCCCACUUCGGAGAUCUAGAAGUAUGAUGCUCCCCCUAAAGUUGUGGCUUUUGGUUGGCUAGCGGGGAGGAGCAGAAUUCUCACUAUAGAUGAUCUCCAAAAACGGGGCAUGGUUCUCCCGAAUAUCUGUAUUUUGUGCUUCAGUCAGGCAGAGACUGUGGACCAUCUUCUCUUCCACUAUCCGUUCUCAUUCGGAAAUUGGAAUCAGAUUCUCUCUCCCGCGUCGGUUACCUGGAUCAUGCCAGGGUCAAUUGAGGAUGUCUUCAUUGCAUAGCACGUUUAGGAUGGAGGAAAUAUCAAGAGGAGGAAAUGGCGUAUAGCUCUUUUAGCGGUGCUUUUGUCAGUCUAGGGCGAAAGAAAUGACCGUUGCUUUUGUAACAGGGGAGGAUCUGAGGCUGGGGUUUUCUUGAGGAUUACCCAAUUCCUGCGUAAUUGGGCUCAGUGAUGUUUUGAGGGGUUCCUCCUAGUGGUGGCACUUGGUUGUUGUUGUAAUUUUAGUCUUUUUAGGUUUUUUUCCUUUUGUCUUUUAGGUUUUCUUUGUUUUUUUUAGGUCUUUUCUGUUUUGUUAUCUUUGCUUCGUUUUCUUUUCAAUAAAGUAUCACUUUUCAAAAAUAAAAUAAAAUUGUAGUGGUCACCAAGCCAAAGUGAAACUGGAGUUGAUCUCCUCCUCCUCUAGUAUACUCUAUGAGGUGCUUGGAUGUCCUCAUCAAUAUUUGUCUCCAAACAUGCAUUAUUCUCAUGCACGUAUUGCGUACCUAAUGAGCAGACCAGCCUAAUUUGGGUCAGGGCAUGUUCACAAUGGGUUGAGAAGUUUCCUUUAGGUUGAUAGAUUACAAGCUUACUCUUGCAUUAAUACUGCAGUUUAAUAUAUUUACAUUGCCACUUUUUUUUUUUUUUUUUGAGAAGUCACGAUAAAGAUUGUAUUAAAAGAAAGGAAUUACAGGGAAGAGAGUAGAUUGUCUGCUGAGAAAGCAGAAGAAACUAAACUCCAAGGAAAAGAAGGUCAUAGCCCUUCAGAAUUUCAACACGAACAUUGCCACUUUGGCAUAAGCAUGACAUUAAAAGCUUAUGUCAUGGAAAAAUAAAUCGUGGAAAUUCACUAGUUUACAAAUUACAAUUGAUGAUUGUUUCACCUUCUCUUGCUAAUGAUAGUUAUGCUACAAGAACUCUCUUGCAGUUUAAAAAAUUGCCUGCCACCAAUUACAGUGACCAAUUACAGUGCUGCUGUAGUUUAGCAAAUAAAUCAGCUAUCCAUUUAGUGUCAUCAUGCAUCUGCCAUUGGACAUUAACAUUAAUAGCUUAAAGCAAGGAGAUAUUAAAUUGUCAAUGUUCAAGAGCAGUCCUAAAUCCUAAUUGAUAUUUGUUUACUACACAUUGUCUUUUGGGGUGUGUUCAGAUUGGGUGACUAGGGAAAGUAAAACAUAGUUGCUAAUCUUUCAAAAAAUAAAAUAAAAUAGUUGCUAACAUAAGUGAGUGUAAAGUUCACAUACGCAUGGAGGAAAGGAAAUACCUUUCACCUAUUUUUUUGCUAGAGAAUUGUAAAGUGUUGUGCUCUCCCUUUUCAUUUUCUAGUGUUUGGGUUGCAAUUUUGAAAGGAAAACCUCUUUAUCCUCCGAUUUUGACAUUUAAAAUAUCAUAUCAGAGGGAAAUUUCUUUUCUCACCAAUUGAUUUUUUGAAAAAAAAUAAAAAAGGCUCUACUCCCUUGCCAAGGAAAGGAAAUAAACUUCCCUUCUCUUUUUAUGUUUCUCAAACUGGGGAAAUGUCACAUCAAAGGAAAACUGUUUGUUUUCCUUAAUUUCCUUGGUUUUCCCUCAAUCCAAACAGGCCCUUGAUUGAUCUUAUUUGUGUUGAUUAUACUGCAUUUGAGAUUGUUAUGUGUUUGCUAUAUUUUGGUCAUGCAGGUCUUGAUAAGCAACCAUGGGUUCUCGAUUCUUUCUAGCACAAUUACUAGGAAGAGUGUGGUUUGUUGGUUCACCAACUGAUCACAAGCGAGACUCAAUGAAAUGCAUUGUCCAUAUGCUGCGGGGUGCAUAUCAUGGUGCCAAUUUGUUGAUGGCUGAUAUGGCAAGAGAUGAAAGUGAGGGAAAUGUUCAUGCUCAUGAAGAUGAUGUUUCCCAUAUAUCCUUGGCAAAAAGCUUAGCCUCUCUGCCCGAUGAAUUCCCUAUUCCCAAUGAGAGAAAACCUCUCACCCGAAUGGAGCUCAAGAGAUUGAUUGAAAUCCGUAUGAAGAAGAGAGUGAAGGAGCAACAAAUGGACGGGAAGUUUCAUGAUCUUAUGGCGAAAGUGAUUGCAAAUCCAAGAACUCUUCAGGAUGCAUACAACUCUAUCAGACUCAACUCCAACAUUGAAUUAACAUCAGACAGUGAUGAUCUCUGCUUUGUAUCUUUGGCAGAACAGCUCUCAAGCGGGGUAUUCGACAUCAAAGCAAAUAUUUCGUUGUUCUCGACAAAGAGUGGAACGAAGGAAGUCUUGGUCCUUCCUAACUUGAAAUUGAAAAUCAUUCAGGAAGCAAUCAGGAUAGCCAUCGAUGUUGUUUACCGGCCACACUUCUCUAAGAUUUCGCAUGGCUGUAGAAGCGGAAGAGGCCACCAUUCAGCUCUACGGUACAUAUGCAAAGAAAUCCGUAAUCCCGAUUGGUGGUUUACAUUAAACAUGAACAAAAAGGCUGAUUCUGCCAUUCUUAACAAACUCAUCUCGACGAUGGAAGAAAAGAUUGAAGACACUGGCUUAUAUUCAAUACUCCGUAGUAUGUUCGAUGCUCAAGUGCUGAACUUAGAAUUUGGGGGUUUCCCGAAAGGUCAAGGCCUUCCGCAGGAAGGAGUUUUGUCGCCGAUUUUGAUGAAUAUAUAUCUUGAUCUAUUCGACUGUGAGUUUUACCGCAUGCGCAUGAGAUACGAAGGUCUUGGUCAGGAUGUUGAUGUAGCCCAAGAAGGUGAACGGCAAUCCAAUCUACGCCGUUGGUUCAGGAGACAGCUGGAUGAUGAUUGUGAUGUGCAUGCAGAGGAAAGUUCAGGUUUAAGACUCCAUGCUUGUCGAUGCAUGGAUGAGAUAUUCCUUGCAGUUUCUGGAUCCAAAGAGAUUGCUCUCAGUUUGAAGGUCGACAUUCAGAACUACUUGACGAACUCUCUCUAUCUAGACGUGGAUGCCCAAGCAGAGAUAUCGUCAUUUGAUAGCCCUCAUGGGGUGCAGUUUCUUGGCAUGGUUGUUCGGGCGAGCAUAAGAGAAAGCGCUGCAGUCAGAGCCGUGCACAAGUUGAAGGAUAAGGUUCGGCUAUUUGCAGCUCAGAAGCAGGAGCUCUGGGAUGCUGGGACAGUUAGAAUUGGAAAGAAAUGGCUGGCCCAUGGUUUAAAAAAGACCAAAGAAUCAGAGAUCAAGCAUUUGGCGGAUAGCAGCUCCAUCUUGAACCAGAUCUCCCAUUUUCGCAAAGAUGGCAUGAAAACCGACCAUUGGUUCAAAUUUCUACUUAAGAUAUGGAUGCAAGAUGUGAAUGCAAAAGCUGAGGAUAAUGAGAAGGCCGUUUUGUCCAAAUAUAUUGCUGAACCGGCAUUGCCUCAAGAUCUUAGAGACUCAUUUUACAAUUUUCAGAAGCAGGCCCAAGAAUAUAUUACAUCUGAAACAGCUACUACUCUUGCACUGCUGUCGAGUUCUGGCAUAAAUGAUGCCAGCUCAAGCUCUAGUGCUAAAAAUAUAACCUCCAAGACAGAGGUUUCUAUUUAUUUUAUAAAGAAGAGUCUGGUGCGCUAUGGUUUGGUCAACAGAGAAGGCUAUCCUCGGCGUGUUUCCCCUCUUAUUUUACAAGAUGACAUUCAAAUCAUAUAUUGGUUUGAGGGGCUCGUGCGCCGGUGGCUUAAAUGGUAUUGCGAGUGUGAUAACUUUGGAGAUGUCAAGCUCAUGAUUGUUGAGCAUGUUAGAAAUUCUUGCAUACGUACGCUUGCGUCCAAGCAUCGGAUGCAAGAAAUAGAGAUCGAGAAGCAAUUUGAGUCGGAGCUGAGCUGCAUUCCUUCAACCCAAGAGAUAGAAUCUGAUAUGAUGGCAAUGGCAUCAAAGUUUCAGCUUUAUGAUGGAGAUGAGUCAUUGAUGUAUGGAAUCACUUACAGUGGGUUGUGCAUGCUAUCAUUAGCUAGGAUAAGUGAUCCAUUGCGGUCCUGCAAUUGCUAUGUCUUUGGAUGCUUGGCUACAGCAACGGGUAUCUAUACACUUCAUGUGAAGGAAAGGCAAAAAUUCCCUGGUUGGAAAACGGGGUUUUUGAUGGCAAUCCAUCCCAGCUUGCACAGAAGACGAAUUGGGUUGUGCAAGUUGCAUGUUAAGGAUUUGUAUUUGGGUUAUAUAUCACUUCAAUGUAUCAAUUUUGGCGCUUCAUGCAGAUGAUUUUCAUGAUUGUGUUCAUAAGUUUUACUUGGUGACCAUGUUAAUGCUAUGAUGCUCAACAAUAAAGACAUAGGUGUUGGACUCAUUUUGGAAUGUGACGGUAUGGGUCUGACCUUGUUUUUGAAGAUUCAGAUAUGGGAUGGCACUCUUCUUCAAGUGUUUGACUAGCAGAAAGAGGGACAUUUUAGAAUCUCUCCCUUUUCCGCUUUUCUCUAUUUAAAAGGGGUAUGGGACAGCUCUACUGCUUAUUUUUUUGGAGGCCCUUGCUACAUGCUUGUUUUGUCCGUGUUUGGAUUAUGUGGAUAUGAGGAAUCAUAUGACGCUCAACCUGAUGCCUUGCAUAUUACUUGGGUUCUCAAUUUGCACAAGUGGGUCCAUGCUACAUGGUUCAGUGCUCCAACCCAUUGGUCUGUUGGGCCCCACCAUGGAUGGGCCAUUCCCUGAAAAUAUCUUUCAUUUGAAGAAUGUAGGCACCAAUUUGGGCCUUAUUCAGUUGAAUGUGGAUUUGUGAACUGUUGAUGUAUAUCUCUUGUCGUUUUGUCGGGCACAAAGUGAAAGGUUUGGAUUGUUCAAUUGAUGAGAUUUUCUGGGCAAGGUCCAUCCUUGAUGGAUGCCAGCAGAGCACUCUAUUGGAUUAGUGAACCAUGGGAAAGCUUCAAUGGAGCCGGAGUAUCUUUUAAAAGGAUAUCCAACUUUGUCUAACAUAUACAUGUGGCUUGCCGUAGGUAUCUAUACACACACAGCCUUACACAACACAGUCUCCACUUAUACAAAUUGAAAAUCCAAGUAUCCUGUGCAAGACCUCGGGUAGAGGAUCAUAUAAUUCCUCUAUAGAUAUCUAUAAGGGUAUUUAAUGUAUUCUUAUUAUCUUUAGUGUAUUCUCAUUAUUGAUUUUUUCCUUAAAUUUAGCUUUGAAUGCAACAUGUGUUCACAUAUCAUAUAUCUUAACAUUGUCAAUGAGAAGCAAUGCAUUCCUGAA